CUGGGUUCGAGCCCCAGUGGAACCAGGGUUUUUUUUUCUGUCCAACGUCUUUUGUGGUCGAUUAACUGACGAAAUAUAAGUUAGUUAACAUAUUCAUAUAAUAAAGUUCAAACGUUAUAAACCAGGCCAAUGAAUAAAAAAGGACAAAAAAUGUGGGUCCCCAAAAUGGCGAACGUAUCUGCCGUCUCAGCCGCUGCUGCAGCCGCAGCUGCAGCUGCUGCUGCUGCUAGCAGAGACCCAGCCGUGGACCGGUCGCUGCGGUCGGUGUUCGUGGGCAAUAUUCCAUAUGAAGCCACUGAAGAGCAGCUGAAGGACAUCUUCUCUGAAGUUGGACUUGUUGUUAGCUUCAGAUUAGUGUAUGACAGGGAGACAGGGAAGCCAAAGGGAUAUGGCUUCUGUGAAUAUCAAGACCAGGAAACGGCCCUCAGUGCCAUGCGUAACCUGAAUGGCCGAGAGUUCAGCGGACGAGCACUUCGUGUGGACAACGCAGCCAGUGAGAAGAACAAGGAAGAGCUCAAAAGCUUGGGAACAGGAGCUCCAGUUAUUGAGUCUCCUUAUGGAGACAAUGUCCAGCCAGAAGAGGCUCCAGAGUCCAUCAGCAGAGCUGUGGCCAGUCUGCCUCCAGAGCAGAUGUUUGAGCUUAUGAAGCAGAUGAAGCUAUGUGUCCAGAACAGUCCUCAGGAGGCGAGAAACAUGCUGCUGCAGAACCCUCAGCUGGCCUAUGCCCUGCUGCAGGCCCAGGUGGUCAUGAGGAUCGUUGACCCUGAAAUCGCCUUGAAAAUGCUUCACCGUCAGACCACAGUCCAGCCUCUCGUUCCCGGUGGACAGGUAGGACAGGCACCACCAGUCAACCCGCCUCCUGCACAGUCCAACAUGCCAACAUCGCAGCCACAACCUGUACCUGGGCUGCAUUUGAAUGGAGCCCCUCCAAUGAUGCAGCCCCCAAACAUGGUUCCAGGAACAAUGCCUGGACCUGGACCUGGACCUGUCCCUGGACCAGUACCAGUGGGACCUGCAGGAAACCUACAGCAUUCCCCCACAGGAUCAUCUGCCGUCGAUCGUCCUCCAGGACCAGGUGGAAUUCCGCCCCGGGGCCUCCUGGGAGAUGGUCCUAAUGAUCCCAGAGGUGGAACGUUGCUAUCUGUCACAGGAGAGGUCAUCGACCCCAGCCGUGGCUACAUGGCAGCCCCGCCCCAAAACCCCGCCCCUUUAAUACUUGACGGGUGUCUUUCACACUCUUUGACAAGUCUGUUUGUCUACCUGUGUGGCUCCGCAGGUCGUGACCCCAGAGGGAUGGACACUCGUGGACAGGUGACUACACAGAGGGUUCCUAUGGCACCGAACAUGCAAGGGCCGGUUUCACAUGGAAUGGGCCCAAAUGCUCCGCCCCCUUCACGACCGGGUCCUGGUAUGUCUGGAGUCCCACCGUCAGGAGGGGGGUUCAGUCAAGCCAUCCCUAAUUUUCCUAACCGUGUUGUUGCAACAGCGGCUCUGAUCAUGCAGGUCCUGCAGCUGACUCCAGAACAGAUCGCCAUGUUGCCUCCGGAGCAGCGUCAGAGUAUCCUCAUCCUCAAAGAGCAGAUUCAAAAGACCGCAGGAGGAGCUCCAUGACCAAAUGUCCAGACCAUCUCACCUCCAACUUGUAUCUGAAGAUUCUUCAAUUUAGGAUUUUUUUUGUUUUUGUUUUUUAAUUUUAGUGUUUCCAAUAAAUAGCCAAUACUCU